UAUUCACAUCACUUUUGGUCUCAUUUUGGAAGAAAUUCAUGUUACAUCCCAUGUUACUUUCUAGACCUCUCUUUGCUUUUGGUUUAGUCUCUCUCACUCCCAACGAAUACGGCAGAAACUAUAUAGAAUGUGUAACUUAUUAUUCACCGUGCAAUCUUACAAUUUUUAUAUUCACUCUUUAGAUCUAGAUUCUCUGCAUUCAUAAUACUAUACUAUAUAGUAUUUGAAGUGGAACAAAACAUCACACUUGACACAUAAAUAUUUCUUUAACUCAGUUGCAGGCAUGGAUUGGUUUUCAUGGCUUUCAAAAACUAGCCUUGAACCAUCUCUUGUCUACGAGUAUGGACUUAUCUUAGCUCACAACGAGCUUGAAGAAGAAGACAUGUUUUACUUCAACCAUGAGUUUCUCCAAAGCAUGGGAAUCUCUAUAGCCAAACACAGACUAGAAAUUCUCAAGCUUUCUAUAAAAGACAAGAGAAAGUUCCCACACACAGUUGCAAAGUUUGUGGCUGCAAUCAAAAGGACAAAGAAGUACUUAGCCAACUAUGUUAGGAGUUUGACUCAUACUAAAGAAUCAGCACUUGUAGUGAUGCCAACAACAAGGUCUAGCGGUGGAUUUGGGAGAAAAUGGAAGACUGGUAUUAUGAAGAGGAACAAAAAAUAUGUGGUGGCUAAACAAGAGAAACUGUUUCUCACAAAUGGUGUAGUUCCAGUUCCUGCUUUGUCCGGUGAUCUUGAUGGAUUUGCUAGUCCUGAUGUGUAUCAUUUCCAAAAGGAGCAAAAGAUCGGUGGCAGUAGCGAUGGUGGUGAUGGACAUUGGUCUGCUGCUGUUGAAGAGAUUAAGUGGGAUACCAUGUUUAAGGAUCUAAAACCAAACUAAAAGUUUUUCCGGAUUUGGAUCCUCUCCUGUUAGAUCCUGUACAGUUAAAGUAUGGUGUUGUGUAGAUGUUGAGGAUCUGAUUUUCUCUACAUCCUCACCACUAUCUCUAUCCCUCUCUUACUUUCUAGCAUUCUCUUUGUCUUAACACUCUUUUGUGCUUGAAAGGAAGGAGUUCGUGGCAGUGAAGUACUGAGGUAGAUAUUUAGUUUUGUAGCAAAAAGUAUGUAAUUUGAGUCUGUGUAUUGUUCUAUGUCUUAUGUGGUGAGAGUACAUAUUUACACAGUUUAUUUGAUGUUAUCUUGGUGGUAUGUCAUAGAAUAACUGAGUCUUCUCUCUGAAUCAUCAAAUUAUUAUGUUUACUUCA